AUGUCGCCUAGUUCAUCUCUGCCUGCCGGCUCUAAACUUUGGCUACUUGACUUAGGCAUCCUCGACAUCGAUGCAUCAUACGUUCUUUCCGGUGCCAAUGUCCCGCGCAGUGGCAGGUCAUCUCAGAUUCACGAGGGUCGGCCGUGUCUGAUGAUCGCGGCGCUGCUCUACCACCCAAACGCGGGCCUUAUCCUAUUUGACACUGGGUCUUGUGAGGAUAUCAUUCAGUCGUGGGAUCGGGAAUUUCUAGAAUGUGCUCCCCGCGUGUGGGUGAAGGGGGUUCACUCUCUACCGGCCGCAAUCAAAGCCACCGGGGCCGGAGAGAUCACGGAUGUCAAGGCUGUUGUAAUGAGCCAUCUGCAUCUUGACCACGCUGGGGGGCUGGAGCAUUUCUUCGGUACAGAUGUGGAGGUUUGGUGCCACGAGGCAGAACUCAAGAACGCCUUCUGGGCCUCCGCGACAGGCAUUGACAGUGGGCUAUUCCGACCGGAUUACCUGCGCGCCGACAUCUUGAAUUGGAAGACGGUGGCAGAGGAGAUCGUGGAGCCGUGGCCCGGGGUCGUCUUGCACCGGUGUCCUGGGCAUACCGAAGGGCUGCUGGUAGUCGAGCUGGCCCUGCCGGUUUCUGGCACGGUGGUGCUAACGGGAGACCUCUUCCACGUGAAGGAGAACUACGAGGAUGGGAAACCUCAGGGGUUCCUGAUGAGGGAUUACAAUACGUGGCAUCGGAGUAGAGAUUAUGUGCGUAUGUUGGUGCGACGCACUAAUGCUAGGGUUUGCUUGGGUCAUGAGAAGAGCUACUUUGACCGGUUCCCGCAAAGUCCUGGCUUCCUGGAAUAA